CCUGCAGUUUGGUUGAUCACUGUCGAACUUGACAAAAUGGCAUCCUUGCCAGUGAUAGAUGCGGAUACCUGCCCGGUUUGUAAAUCGGACAGGUAUCUCAACCCGACCAUGAAGCUGCUGGUCAGUCCAUGCUUCCAUAAAAUGUGCGAAACGUGCAUUAAUCGACUAUUCCUUCAAGGCCCAGCCCCAUGUCCAAUAUGUAAAGUCAUUCUGCGGAAGAGCAACUUCGUUGCGCAAACAUUUGAGGAUCUCUAUGUAGAGAAGGAAGUGCAGACACGGAAGAGGAUUGGCCGAGUAUAUAACAAACGGCUGGAAGAUUUCAAAGGGAACCUGAGAGCAUAUAAUGAUUAUUUAGAAGAUGUGGAAGAAAUAAUGUUUAAUCUUAUCAACGACGUGGACGUAAAGGAAACGAAUGAGAGAAUCAAGAAAUAUGAACAGGAAAACAAGGAUCUGAUAAAUGCGAAUUUACAGAAGCAGUUGAUUGAAGAAAAAGCCGUGCAUAAUCGUCUUGACCGGGAAAAGAAGGAGAAGCAAAUACGGAAGGAGGCGUACGAGCAAGCCAUAAUAGAGGAGGCAAAGGUUAAGCUGCAGGCCAGGGAAGAAAUUAUAAAAAGAUUGGCGUCGGAAGAAGAUGCCUCGGCACAGUCCAUCAUAGCAGAUGCAGUUGCCAAACGAUCGAAAGCACCAGAUAUUACCAAGUUCCUUCAAGAACGCCUACCCACCGCAGAUGACACAUCGAUAGAGGCUGAGCCGGAGGAUACGACACCAUUUGAUCCGAUGGAUUACACAUACCAGACUACUACAUAUACGGCAGUGCGCGACAGCUAUAUUGACCCAUGGCUUGCCCACUUGCGCUUGAACGAACCACCAAGAGCAGAAGCCGCCAAAGCGAGUGGUUUUGCUCCUCGAUUUACUUAUGAAAGAGCCAUUGGUGCGGCUUUCUCAGGGGUCUUUGCAGGGCUAUAAACUUAAUACAAGUUGCUCUUAUUUAAUAUUGUUUUCUUUGUACAGAAUUUGAAAUGCGUGUACUAUGGUUAUCGUGAUUAUUUGACAAUGCGGAAGCAGCGAAUAAGCUAAC